AUGGCGUUCGGCAUCACCUCCCGAGCGAUUUGUUCUGCUCUGCUGUUGUUCUUAUGCGUGGCCGUGGUUGCGGGCUCCACCAGCUUCUCCCAUCGCGCAAACGGGGCCAGCGACAUCAUCACAUGGGACAACCACACACUCAUCUUGUAUGGCCAGCGGCUGUUCCUUCACGCGGGCGAGUUUCAUACCUUCCGACUUCCUGUACCCGACUUGUGGCUGGACAUCUUCCAGAAAAUGGUCGCGGUAGGCCUUAAUGCGGCGAGUGUCUAUAUCCAUAUGGGAUUGUCGCAUCCUGCUCCAGGAACCCUCGACUUUGAUGACUGGCGAUCUCUUCGCGCUAUGUACGAAGCUGCACAGCUUGCGGGUAUCUUCAUCAUUCUUCGUCCAGGUCCUUACAUCAACGGAGAGACUACUUCUGGUGGAAUCUCCCAUUGGAUUACCAGCGCAAUCUCUGGGACAGUAAGAACGAACGCCUCCGACUGGAAUGCAGCCUAUCAACCAUACAUAGACGGAAUCAUCAAAGAGAGCGUUGGCUACCAAGUCACCGAAGGAGGGCCCGUCAUAAUCGUCCAAGUUGACAACGAAAAUCGAUUCUGGACCGAGGCUCCAACGCAACAAUACUUCGCUGGCCUUGAGAAUCAGUACAGAGCAGGUGGCAUCGUUGUUCCUUUGACAUACAACGACCCAGGUAUGCAUGCGGGUUUCAUCAAUGGCACUGGCGCGGUUGACAUUUACGGCUUGGACGCGUACCCACAGGGUUUCAACUGCUCCAAUCCGACCCACCGGAAUCGCGUCACGGAAACUUACCAUCAGUGGCACGAGGACGUCAACCCCAGUCAGCCGUGGUACAUGCCUGAAUUCCAGGGCGGUUCCUUUGAUCCGUGGGCGGACCGGGAAGUUUUCUACAAGAACAACUGGGCAGCGAACAUCAAGAUGAUGUCUUAUUACAUGUUCUUCGGGGGUACGAGUUGGGGCGGUAUACCGUUCCCUGGGGUCUACAGCAGCUACGACUACGGGUCAGCGAUCCGAGAGAAUCGUGCUCUCACAGACAAGAUCGACGAGAUAAAGCGGCAAGGUUUGUUCAUACGCUCCUCGCCGCAGUUCCUCAAGACGGACUGGAUGGGAAAUUCGAGUACUGGCAUCCCAGGCGUCACCAUUCACGGCACAGGAAUAUUCGUGACGUCCCUGAGGAAUCCGGACAGCGGAACAUGGUUCCACAUUGCACGCCACAGCGACUCCACGUCAACCGCGAAUACCACUUUCACACUCACAGUGCCUACCUUCAACGAGCACGGUGUCAUCACCGACUACACCUUCGGCGCUCGAGGCUCUGUCCUUUACACCACUGCUUCCAUCUUUUUCGCUGGCACGAUUGGAGCACGCGACGUACUCUUCUUCUACGGCUCCGCAGGCCAAACCCACGAGCUCGCGCUCACACUGGACGGCAUCAUUAGCCCUGGCGACGCCGGGCUGGUCACGCUAUGGGACUCCGCCACCCAGCUCGUCCUUUUCGCUGACCCGGUGACCGCCGCGACGUUCUGGGCGCCACCUAUGCGCGCGCCGCGCACUCCCGCUCCUGCGGUCCCAGGCUUCAAAAACUUCUUCCAGUUCGGCACAAACGCGACUGUGCUCGUCGGCGGGCCGUACCUCACCACCGUGGCGCUGGGGAACUGGCGGUACGCGGACAGCUUGCCAGAGGUAGGAGCCGGGUUUGAUGAUGCGGAGUGGGUGGUCGCGAACAAGAAGACGACGAACAUCUUCCUGAAGCCGCAGUUUGGAGAUGGAACGGUGCUGUAUGGUUGCGACUAUGGAUUGUGCGUCGCGCUCGAUCCUGCGCUCGAUUGA